GAGAUUUAAUAAACAGUCCGGUGACUGUGCCGUUGUCUCUCCUCACCCCUUCUGCACCUUUCACAGGUCUAAAUCUAAACAUGUCAGACAACGAGGAAGUUGAGGAGUACGAGGAACAAGAGGAGGUCCAGGAUGAGGCAGAAGAAGAGAAUGAGGAAGAGGAGAAGGACACCACUCAGGAGCAAGAUGCAGCUGAGGAGCUCGAAGAAGGAGAAGAAGAGGCAAAACCCAAGCCAAAGCCAUUUUUGCUCCCCAAUCUGGUGCCUCCCAAGAUCCCAGAUGGAGAGAAAGUUGAUUUUGAUGACAUCCACCGCAAGCGCAUGGAGAAAGACCUGAACGAGCUCCAGACCCUGAUCGAGGCCCACUUCGAGAACCGCAAGAAGGAGGAGGAGGAGCUCAUUAGCCUCAAAGACCGAAUCGAAAAACGCAGAUCUGAACGGGCUGAACAGCACAGGAUCCGCAGCGAGAGAGAGAAGGAGCGACAGAAACGGGUGGAGGAAGAGAAAGCAAGGAAGGAGGAGGAGGAGGCAAAGAAGAAAGCUGAAGAUGACGCAAAGAAGAAGAAGACCCUCACCAGCUUGCAUUUUGGAGGAUACAUGCAGAAGACAGAGAGGCGGAGCGGCAAGAAACAGACCGAACGUGAGAAGAAGAAGAAGAUCCUCAGUGACCGCCGUAAACCUCUCGAAAUCGACAACAUGAGUGAAGACAAGCUCAGAGACAAGGCCAAGGAGCUGUGGAAGUGGAUGCACCAGCUUGAGGCCGAGAAGUUCGAACUGCAGUACAAGUUCCAGCGGCAGAAAUACGAAAUUAAUGUCCUGAGGAACCGUGUGAGCGACCAUCAGAAGACCUCCAAAAGAACGAAGAGAGGCUUGAGGAAGUAGAUGCCUUUCAAGGACAUGGCCCAUCAGUGACUGUUAUGACCAGCAAGCUGAGAGAUUCCUUCAGAUGUAUGCACUGUACUUGCUCCUCAGUACCCUAACAGUAAUAGCUUUUGGAAAAUGUACUAUGUUUAGCCUGAUAUCUCCAAGUUGUGUCAUUUUAUGGAU